AUGCCGGAGAAGGAUUUUACCUGUGGAUGGGGGUUGAUGAGGGUGGUUGUUAGAGAUGACGGCGGUGACGAAGCCGUGAAGAAGAGCAGUAGCCAACCUGCCGGAGCUCAGAGGAGCGGACUCUGUGGCCAAGUGGUGUCGACGAAGCCAAGGUUGCCGGAGAUGAUGGGCGGCGAGGGAGUUCAGGUCUUCCAGAGCUGCUGGCCGCUGGGCGGCUGGAAAUCCUUGGCUGCAGGUGGCUGCUGUGAGAGACAUAGCCAGAGCUGUAGAGGGGAGUUGGCUCGGAGGAACUUCUUGGCUGCUGCAGGAGAAGCUGGUGCAGAGUGGCUAGAACAGAGGGGCUUCAUGGCCGCAGUAGAGGCAGAGCCAAGAGGGGAAAUAGAGGGAGAAGAGUAUAGACAAGACUUCUCCACUUUCUCAUCUGAAGUGCAAUCCAGGAUUCAGAGUAUCAAAGAGAAAGUCACCUCACUUGAUCAGUGCUUAACUCGGAUUGAGGAAGAUCAGGAAAAUUCUUUUAGGGGUGGUGAUCCCAUGGACAUCAACUCAACUCUCCAUAGUGAAGCUGAUAGUUCUGAAGAAGAAAUUGAGGACGAAGAAGAAGGAUAUAAGGAAGAAGAAGAUCAAGAAGAAGAAAAAGGUCAAGAAGAAGGUCAGGAAGAAGAAGGUCAAGAAGAAGAAGAAGAAUAG